AAAAGACGCGCUCCGCCUCGCUGCCGCCGUCGCUAGUCUGUUCGUUUGUUAUGCGCUACUCGAUCGGGCAGUAGGCGCCCCGUUCCCUGCGAACCGCUCGUCUCCGGCCUCCUCGGUCGCUGCUCCCCGCUCCCUCGCCGUGCUAAUUUAUAAGGAGCACGGGGCUCCCUCGUUUCCCUCCUGUUUCCUUCGAGGAGAAGGGGGAGAGAGGGGGCGGAUUCCCGAUCGAUGCGAAGAAGAAGCUGGUAGGAUUCGCCGCUGCUGCUGCGCGCGGCGACGAUGGACUUCCCGGAGCUCGCCAAGCUGGCCUUCUCGAGGGUGCAGCAGAUGGAGCCGCAGAACGUCGGCAAGAUCCUCGGCUGCAUCCUCCUCAGGGAGCCCGACGAGGACGAGAUGGUGCAGCUCGCCUACGGCAACGACGCCGCCGUGCACGCCAAGAUCAACGACGCCAAGGCCACGCUCGCCGCCAUCUACGCGCGCUGCUCCGCUUCGCACCACCACCACCACCAGAUCGGCGCCGCGCACAGGGCCGCCGCCGCCGCCGCCGCAGCCGCCGGGUACCACCCGGCCGCCGCCUCCGCCGCCGGGGUGCGCCACCACUUCUCCCCCGCGGCCGCCGCCUUCGGCUUCCAGUACUGGCCGGAGCCCGCGCCGGUGCCCAAGGCGCAGCCGGAAUUCGGACUCGUGGACGCCGGCGCCGGCGCCGGCGCCGAGGGCCACCACGCGCUGCUGCAGCAGCAGAACCACAACGGCCUCGACGACCACCACCACUACGACGCCGCCGGAGGGUACUACUACGCCGCCGCCGAGGAUGCGUUCCACAAUGGCGGCGCCGGCGGGGGCCUGCCGCCGAGGGCUGCGGCUCGCCGGGCGAACGGCGUGUCGACGCGGCGCGCCUGCCACUACUUCAUCAAGGGCGUGUGCAAGAACGGCCAGAACUGCCCCUUCUCGCACCACCACGCCUACUCCGACGGGUUCGCCGACGACAGCCACCACAACGGCGGCGGCACGCCUGGCGCGCUGGAGAAACUUGAAAUGGAGAUCACCGAGCUGCUCAACUCGCGGCACGGCCAGCCUCUGUCCAUCGCGUCGCUGCCCACGCUCUACGGCGAGAGGUACGGGAAGGGCCUCCAGGCCGAGGGCUACCUCACCGAGAGCCAGCGCCAUGGCAAGGCCGGCUACAGCCUCACCAAGCUGCUCUCCCGCCUCAACAAGAUCAGGGUCAUCGAGAGGCCGCAUGGGCAGCACUCUGUGGUUCUCGCUGAGGACGCCCCCAGGUACACGGAAUUCAGGGGCGAGAGAGGAGGAGGUGACAUGGGCUCCGUCCCGGCCAGCUCGCACCAGAUAUACCUCACCUUCCCUGCCGAGAGUACCUUCCAGGAGGAAGACGUCGCCACUUACUUCGGGCAGUAUGGUCCCGUGCGCGACGUGAGGAUCCCGUGCCAGGAGAGGCGCAUGUUCGGCUUCGUGAGCUUCCAGAACCCGGAGACAGUGAGCACCAUCCUCAUGAGGCGCAACCCGCACUUCAUCUGCGGAGCAAGGGUCCUCGUUAAACCCUACAGGGAGAAAUCCAGGUGCCUAGAACGUCAUCCCAGGACGUACACGGACAGGAUCAAGCCGAUGCACUACUACCCUACCCGCUUCUUCGACAUUGAUCCGGACUUCUAUCCUGAUGAAUAUGAAGCUUCAAGCAGGAUCGUGAGGAAGCAACUGGCGGAGAAGCGCGAGAGGCUGAUCGAGCUCGAGAGGAAGCGCUUCGCAGGGAUCAGGCUCGAACCGCUGCCGCAUCAGUUUGCUUACUUCGAUUGCAGCAUUGAGGAUGGGAAUCCCCUCGAUUGCCUCCCAGCAGAUUCCAAAGAUGUCGACCUGAUGGACCGUCCCCUCAACGUGCCGGACUCCCUGGAGGUUGUAUCCACGAGCCAAGCUCCGCAAACGCAGGCAAGCAACAGCUGCGACGACAAAGAGAGCACUGAAAUCGAACUCCUCCCAGAAAGCCCAUUCGCAUCGGCAGCGCCUGCUGGGAACAGCAUAUCCUCAAUCAUAUGAUGGGAAGGGGAGAUGAAGCAUCCUGGACCCUCUGUCAGUUUCGUUUGAUAUCGUCUCAAUAACGUAAGGUCUAAAGGGAUGAGUGCAUUUUUACACAGGAGACCGGAAAAAAUAAACAGUUUUUGUAGAUAGAGAAAAGGGAAAGAGAAGAACUUUGUGUUCUUGAUUAGGAAUCACAGGACAAAGGGAGCACGUGUUCAUUUUAUACUUUAGAAGCGGGAUGGAAAAAGCAGUAGUAGCAUGCAGGUUGAGGACAGAGAAAGAAAGCCACACUGGUAAGUUUUAUACAAGUGUGUAGUCUGACUAUAUAUAAGUUACAGGAAAUAAUGUGACAUGAUAUAUAGUUGUUCUAAUAAGACAUUAUGAUACAUGCAAAUUGGUGCUCUACCAUUUGUUUCCAAAGAUUACGAACCAAGAUUAAUUAUUUACAGAGGUAGAAGUCGUUGUUGGUCCAGGGCGUCUAUUAUUUGUACUUUCAGUUAGUAAUGAAUUGAAGACACAAUAUCUGUUCCA